GCAGCAGCGAGGCGCCGUGGGGCUGGCGGUCGCAGCGGCGGCGGCCGGGGCAAGGGGCGGGGCCGCGGUGCCGCCGGCAGCAGCGACGGCGGCAGUGAGAGCAGCGAUGCGGAGGAGGAGGAUCGGGAUGCGGAGUACAAGCCGGCGACGCAACACACUGGACGGUUGGGUGAUCCGCAAGCCCCGACCGGGGCAGCAGCUGACAACCCAGACCCGCACCCGCUCGGCCGCCGGGAGAGCUCACUCGUACAAGGCGAUCAUUGAUGAGCACGGAUUGGGGCUGUUGCUGGACCAGGGCGCUGCCACGGUUCCGGAGCGCGGAUUCGUGGGUCCGUUGGCGGCCGCCCGGCGCGCCCUGGCUCUCAACAACCGCUCGGGGGAGUUGCCGUGUCGUGAGGCGGAGAAGCAGUCGCUGCGGAAGUUCAUUGGGCAUGCGGUGGAGGAGGGCGGUGACAGCCCGGGUGUGUUGUACAUUUGCGGAGUGCCUGGUACCGGCAAGACGGCGUGUGUGAUGGAGGUGCUGGGCGGGGUGCGCAGCCAGGCGCAGAACAGCGGGGUGCAGCUGGUCAUCCUGAACGCUCUUCAGCUGCCCGGCCCCCAGCACGUCUAUUCGAAGCUGUGGGAGCGCAUGUCAGGGCAGCGCUGGGGCCCCGCACGCGCGCUGAAGGCGCUGGAGGAGGUAUUCAGCGGGGGCAGUGGCUGGGCGGCAGCAGGGGGAGGCGGCAGGCGGCACCUGACGCUGCUCAUUGUGGACGAGAUUGACGUCCUCAUCACCAAGGACCAGGCGGUGCUGUACAACCUAUUUGAGUGGCCGCUGCGCGAGGGCUCCCGACUGGCGGUGAUUGGCAUCUCCAACACACACGACCUGGACAGCCGGGUGCUGCCGCGCAUUGCGAGUCGCCUGGCUGGGUCCAAGCUGGCCUUCAAUCCGUACAACUUUGAGCAGCUCAAAGAGAUCCUCAACUCCCGGCUGCAGGGCGUCACGGCGGUGGCUCGAGGUGCGGUGGAGUUUUGCGCGCGCAAGGUCGCCUCCACCACUGGUGAUGUGCGGCGGGCUCUGGAACUGCUGCGGCGAGCCACGGAGAUUGCGGAGGUGGAGCUCUCGACGGCUGCGGCAACCAACCAGCAGCGGCAGGGGCAGCAGGCGGCACCAGUGCAGGACUUCACAAACGUGGUCGGCGCGAGACAGGCCACCGCCGCCAUCAAGGAGAUGUACGGCAGUGUUCACAUGACGCUGUUGCGGCGUGCGGGUCUGUUCCAGAAGCUGGUGCUGGUGGCGCUGCUGGUGGAGACGCGCGCGCAGAACAAGCC